UUGAGCCCACAGCAUCUCGGUCUGGGUGGGCGUGGCUCUGAGUGAGGAGCGGUCUCAUCCAAGACCUAGGUCAGUCUGAGAAACAGACGGCGUGAGAGUGGGAGCGCUGCGCGGUGGAUGAUAAUGACCCAAACAUCUUUAGAUUUUUAACAAAAGAGGAACGCAAGAUGCGGGCUUUUACUUUUACUCUGUUGGUAUUUUUCAGCUCGUGCGUUACAGGGGAGGAACUGUCCGGAUCAGAAUUUGGAGACGAUUAUUUUUCGGAUUUAUCUGAUUUCGAUUUUGGCAUUUCUCCACGGAGGGUCCCAAGGCAGGUGAAAGACAUCAUUGCAAGGGAAAGCAAACCGCACAUCCAGGAGCUGUCCAUCAAGACCACCAUCAUCUCCCGCUACGCCUUCACCGCGGUGCACAGCACCAUGCUCAACAGGCACUCGGCCGCCGCCGAGGGCGUGUUCCAGUUCCCCGUUCCCGCCGAUGCCUACGUCACCAACUUCACCAUGAUCGUCGGCGGCCGAGUGUACCAGAGUGAGAUCAAGCCCCGGGAGAAGAAGAAGGUCAGACAGGAUACGGAGGGCGCCGGCACGGCCAAGCCCAAAGACGGGAGCCCCCCCGCCGACGGCUCCACGGAGACGGAGACGUUCCGCAUGGCGGCCGUCAUCCCCGGCCGCAACCGGGCGGUGUUCCUGCUGACGUACGAGCAGCUGCUGCGGCGCCGGCUGGGCCGCUACGAGCACGUCACCAGCCUGCGGCCGCUGCAGCUCAUCAGCCGCCUCUCGCUGGACGUCAUCAUCGUGGACCACGCCCCCAUCUCCCAGCUGGAGGUCCUGCCGCUGCGCAACGGGGGAGGCCGGGCGGGGUCCGGCACCAGCCUGUCCAAGGCCAAGACUGAUCUGCCCAUCACCACGGCGAUCAAGCAGAACAAGAACUUCUGCCAGGUCAGCUUCAGCCCCAACAUCGUCCAGCAGGCCAAGAUUGCCACCAGCGGUAACCUCGGCGACUUUGUGGUCCGCUACGACGUGGAGAGAGAGAUGGGCAUCGGAGACAUACAGGUUAUGAACGGCCACUUCGUCCACUACUUUGCCCCCAAAGACCUGCCGGUGGUCCCCAAGAACGUGGUGUUUGUGAUCGACACCAGCGCCUCUAUGCUGGGCACCAAGAUCAGACAGACCAAGGACGCCCUGUUCACCAUCCUGAAGGACCUGCGCCCCGACGACCGUUUCAACUUCGUCAGCUUCUCCAACAAGGUGAAGGUGUGGCAGCCGGGCCGCCUGGUGCCCGUCACGCCCCUCAACGUCAGGGACGCCAAGAAGUUCAUCUACACGCUGGCGCCCAGCGGCGGCACCAACAUCGACGAGGCCAUGCAGACGGGCUCGGUGCUGCUCCGGGACUUCCUGGCGGGCCCGGACGCCAGCCAGAAUAGCGUGUCGCUGGUCAUUUUCCUGACGGACGGGCGGCCCACGGUGGGCGUGGUCAAGUCCAACGCCAUCCUGGGCAACGCGCGCAAGGCGGUGCAGGAGAAGUUCUGCGUGUUCACCAUCGGCCUGGGCAACGACGUGGACUACCGGCUGCUGGAGCGCAUGGCGCUGGAGAACUGCGGCAUGAUGCGGCGCAUCGCCGAGGACGCCGACGCCAGCGCCAUGCUCAAAGGCUUCUACGACGAGAUCGGCACGCCGCUGCUGUCGGACAUCCGGAUCAACUACCCGGAGGACUCGGUGCAGUACGUCACCCAGAGCCUCUUCACCAACUACUUCAACGGCUCCGAGAUCGUGGUGGCCGGCCGGCUGACCGACCGCGACGCGGGGUCCCUCCACGUGCAGGUGACGGCCAGCAGUAGCGACAAGACCAUCGUCCUGGAGACAGACGUGCCGCUGCGCCAGCGGCAGGAGGAGACGAAGCGGCACGUGAAGGCGGCGGUGGCGGCGGCGGCCGAGCGCGCCCGAGCGGUGGCGGCGGCGAGGAGCCAAGGGCCGUCUUCGGCGAGGCCAGUGGGAGGGGCUCCGCCGCCGGCGUCGAGGCCGGUGGGAGGGGCUCCGCCGCCGGCGUCGAGGCCGGUGGGAGGGGCUUCGUCGUCGCCGCCGUCGUCGGCAGGGGCGUCGACACCGCUGGAGGGGGCGGCGCCCACGCCGGAGGAGGACUUUGUGGAGCGGCUGUGGGGCUUCCUGAGCAUCAAGGAGGGGCUGCGGUCGCGGCUGCGCAGCCAGACCAGCGGCGAGCGGGAGGGUCUCACGCGGCACGCCACCGACCUCUCGCUGGCCUACAACUUCCUCACGCCGCUCACCAACCUGAACGUGGAGCGGCCCCAGGUGAUGGCCAACGGCUCCAUGGCCCCGCCGCCGCCCCCCACCGCCGCCCCCUCCUCCUCCAGGAGCCAGGGGCCCGGAGGACCGGCCAAUGAGCUGGCGGAGGAGGAGGAGGAGGAGGAGGGGGAGGAGGAGGGAGACCGGGCCCGGGGUGACAACAGGAAGCCGGCCAGGAGCCAGGGUGCGGCUUCUGGGAACGCUAUAGGUGGUGUCGUGAGGAGACCGGCCAGGAAAUCCGUCACCUUCACCAAAACAUCAGCCGACGGGGACCCCCACUUUGUUGUGGAGUUCCCCCAGAGUAAACUCACCGUGUGCUUCAACAUCAACGGAGAGCCCGGGCACGUCCUGCGCCUUGUCUCCGAUCACAAGCACUCAGGGGUGACGGUGAACGGCAAGCUCGUCGGCGCUCCGGCGCCGCCGGGCAGCCACAAGCAGCAGCGCACCUACUUCAGCGCCAUCACGGUGGUGGUGGACCGCCCGGGGCGCCGCGCCUACAUCGAGGUCACCCCCAAGAAGGUGAUCCUGGACGGGCACGACCGGCUGGUGCUGCCCUGCGACGCCACGGUGGCCGUGCAGAGCGGCGAGGUGGCGGUGGCGGUGGCGGCGGGCGCCAACGUGACCGUGACCGUUGGCGGGACGGUGGCCUUCGUGAUCCUGCUGCACCGCUACAAGAACCCCGCGCCGUACCAGAGGGAUCACGUGGGGUUCUACAUCUCCAACAGCAAGGGCUUGUCCCGGGACUGCCACGGCCUGCUGGGUCAGUUCCUGCACCAGGACGUGGGGCUGGGAGAGAUGCUGACCGACGGCUCGCCCGAGGACGGGGCGAGGAAGACUCCGGUGCUGAAGGUGAAGCGGCGCUCGGUGCCGGUGGUGAAGAAGACCCGGCGCAUCUACAGCGGCGCGCAGAGCGUGGACUGCUGGUUCGCCCGGAACAACGCGGCCAAGCUCAUCGACGGGCGCUACGAGGACUAUGUGGUGCCACACAUGUUCGAGACGGCUGAGUGGAAAGAGGGGAGCAACGUGUGAGCGGCCUGAGGCGAUCAGCAUGAUCAUGAUCUUUAACUGUAAAUACCUCGCUUUUUCCGACGAAAACCGCACCCUCCUACUUGUUGCACUUAAACCUGCGAUUUUUAAAAAAUAAUAAUUUAAAGGCAAUGACUUUCCAGUCGGGACUUUAUUGCACCAUUGCGUCGUUGAUUUUUGUAAAUGUAGGCUACCACGUAGGGCCUACGACAUCCGAGUUUUCUCCCACGCACCCGAGACUCUGCUACCUGUACUCCUUUUUGUUUCUAAUUCAAAAGUAUGUUUUUGUGUGAGUAUUUUGUGAGAAUUGUUUUGUGUAAUUUUUUUUAUUGUAAAUACAUUUUUUAAUGAAGUGUUAAACUAGUAAAAUAAUAAUAAAUAUAUAUAUAUAUAUAUAUAUAUAUAUAGCCAGAAACAAAACUAGUUCAAUUAUUCUGCUUGUGAACCUCACACCAAACAUGCCAGACGUAGGGACCAAAGCCCUCUCUCCCCCCCCCCCGCCUCCCUGUCUUCAGCCGCAGGUCACAGGCUGCUGGCCCCGCCCCCACAGGUGUGCUCACGACCAGUGCCCCCCAUCCCCUCCCAGCACCAACCAACCCCCCUCCCAGGUGUCUGUCAUCAUCGCUCUCCCAGGUGUAUGUGUGUGUGUGAGUAGAGUGGGGAGGUCUAGAGGAAUUCCAACACCAAAACAUGGGAGUCAGUCACCGAACUUUAUUCUCUUCAGUGCAACGUAGAACAAUCAAAAGUUCAAAACCAAAGGUACAUUCAUUAAGUAGCACCGUUGAUCGGUCUUAUUGUGGUCCGAGGCCACGGACUCUGAUUCAACAACAGUUUAUAACUGUUUUCUGGCUAUAAAAUCAAAAAAAAUCAGAAAAAAACUAACAAAAAAUAAAAACACAUUAAAAGUUGGAUUCACAAUACAUUUAUGGACAAGAAUACUGUUGAGUGAAUGUGUAAACAGUUGAUCAUAUAGUAGGUGCAGAUACUGAAUACUGUAGGUAAAGAUACCCCAAGGCAAUUAAGAUUCACGAGUCAUCAUUGAUCUUAAAAGGACAUUGUCGAUUUAAAAGCACAGGAGUAUAAAGUAUGCAGACAAUCCAAUUUUGGUUUUCCAUUAUACAUGUUUAUACCACAAAUAUUGUUGAUAUACUGUAGGGCAUGAUGAAGUAAUCAUUAAAUAUUUACCCAACUGUACAAUUAAUAAUGGACCUGGGAUAUUAUUGUACUUAACAUAUUCAAGAUUAAACAUUUGACUAAAUACAGUUUCAAUUGCCCGUGUAAUAAUCACAGAUGUGCCGUCAAUAUAGUGGCAAAUAAUCAAUAAAAAAAUUGGCAUAAUAAUCACAGAAUAAAUAUAUUAAAUGUGCAAGGUGUCGGGAAUCAAUGUAACUGGUAUAAUUAAGAUAUGCAUCAUUAAUAUAUGAUGAAUAAUAUAUUUUUUACUCAGUUUGGUUUGACUGCUCCAGUAUUCAGUUAUUACAAAACAAACCAUAUUUCUGCAUUAAUGAUGCGUUCACUUCCAAAUCAUUGAGAGAAGCUACCAAAGUAAAAGCAACAAAAGAUAAUAUGGAAUCAAGAAAGCAGUGACAGGGAAUGUUGCAGGAAUGUGUAGUGAAUUUCUCCAUAAUAACAGUUCCACUUUUACAGCCCACCCUUGUUAUGUACAGCUUUGUAAAAGUGGCAGUUUUCCCCCCGAAGAAUGCCACAACAGAGAAGAGUCUCCAUUAUAGCAACUAAAGAAUGUACAGCUACACAUGGACUCUCCGGAAGUUAUGUGCGUUUGUAAUCUUCGCGGAGAAACGAUGAGGCUGACAGGAAGAGCAGAUUAAAGAUUGUAUCCACAAUUAUAGUCAUUAAAAGGUACAGGUCCAAUGUACAUUC